AGUAACACGCUUCCGUACGUCGGACAGUGAACAAUUUAGAAAUUCUUUAAUUGACUCGAUGGUGAAGCACUCAACAUGGAAUAUUUGACUGAAUCUGUUUGAGCGACAGGUGUAUAACCCUUUCCAACGCACACACAAAUAAUAAUAAUAAUAGUUUAAUUAAAGUGAGUUUCUUUCGGCUGGUCCCUUUAAAAACAGCAAAUCUGCUACCCGACUUUCAAAUCGGACACUAUAAAGUGCUACACCGCACCGUUGACGUCAUUUCCGUAGUAAACAUACGCAGGCGAGCUCGGCAAGAUCUUUUGUUUACAUUGCGAAAAUAAAGUCGUGAAUGUCUUAUUGUGGCUUAACUUUGAUCAAAUAAAAUAAAAACUGCGUCGCACGCAUGUAGCAGGCACAACCGAAAGUUCAAGCUCGGUUAUCAGCUCCCAAAAUGAGCCGCGACGCUCCCAUCCACAGCUGGCCCGGCUCCUACUACCUCACUUCGGUCAAGAGGUGGGAGAACGGCACGCUGUCCCUGAGCCGAACCGCGGCGCGUUUCGUCUCCAGCCAAACCAAGGAGACCCUCGCCGACUUCCGCCUCUCCCGCAUCACGGAGAUCAAAAUGGAAUCGUCCAGCUUCAUCUUCAGCACCCUGACGGUGCUGGAGGAGGGCAACGUGAAACACUGGUUCGGCUCCCUCAAGCCCAACCGGGUGGUGGUCUACAACGUGAUGGAGCACUUCUGGAGAGAGCGCCUGCUGUCGCCCACCGACUCGGAGGCCAGGGGCGUGGCCCCCGGGGGCGAGCCCUCAAAGGGCCGGGAGCUCAUCAACCUGGUCGCAGGGGCCCAGAGACGACUGGAGGACACCGGUAGGGUCCUCAGCCACCAGGGAGAGCAGUUUGACAGCAUGAUGCAAGGCCUGGAGAAGAUGGACUCGGAUCUCGGAGUGGCUGAUAAACUUUUGUCAGAGCUGGAAUCUCCUCCCUGGUGGCCUUUUAGUAAACUCCCAUGGAAGAUUCAGCAGAAAGCUAAGGCGGAGGACGCGGCUCGUGCCGCCGCAUCCAGAACGUCCGCCCGGAACAAAGUGAUCGUCAGCAUCCCGGCCGUGGUGUCCAAAGACGGCGACGGCGACCUGCAGCCCGGGUGCCUGCUGGUGUUUCCGUCCUCCCUGGAGGUGCGCGACGCCGCCUGCCGCCUGCUGCGCCGCUUCGAGCGCGCCGACGUGGACGAGAUCCGCGUGCACAGUCCGUACGAGGUCACGGUGGGGCGGCGCUUCAUCGGCAGGCCCGACGUCCGCUGCCGCCUGCUGUCGGCCAAGAUGCCCGAGGCGCUGGCCGUGCUGGAGAUGCAGUACAAGAAGAAGAUGGAGUUCGCCGCCGAGUACGCCUCCUUCAGGGGCACGCCCCCCUCGUCGCCGUGCGACGCGGCCAUUUUACAUGACGGUUUGCUGCACGGCUGCCAGGAGACCGAGGUCCCCAUGGAGGUCCCGGCGGGGGAGCUGUCCCAGCUGCAGGUGCACGUCCUCCGGCCCGCCGUCAGCCAGACCGAAGCCAGGGAGCUCAAGCAGAUGCUGCUCCAGCUGAAGGGCCUCGCCCUGGAGGCCGAGGCGGAGCUGGAACGCCAGGACGAGGCGCUCGACGUCCUGACCGGGUCCGCCGAUCAAGCCUCCAUGACCAUCGGGAAGCACACCUGCCGCAUGAAGAAGCUCCUGUAAACGCUUGUUCGGUCGCCCACUCCCGUGGUCUGAUUCCGGAGGUUGACCUGAAACUGUAAGCACUUUGGAUGAUUUUGAUAUUUUAUUUGACCCGUUACAGUAGCUGUUGCUAACUAGUUUUACUGUUCGUCUUACAUAUGCAAUGGAUACAAAAUAUUAUAAUAAUAUUGGGUCCACACUUUUAUGAGUACCCCUUGAAAGAUGAGUUUACUGUAAAGCUAAAAAAAUACCGCUUUAGUUUCUUGUUCUAUUUUAAAACUGAUGUAUUCAUUAUUUAUUUGGACUUGGGGAUUGGAGCCACAAUUCCUCUUUGAAGUUGUCGGGACUAUCCGGUUGUUUGAUUUGACGGGUCGAUAAUUCUUACCCAGUUUGAACAGGAUCGUUAAAGGGUGUGUUGAAUCCAGAUAGGAUCGUAUUUUAGCUCAUUUAUUCAAACACGCACAGUUGGUUAAAUUAAAAGCACGUUGGCGCUAGUAGACAAAAGUGCAUGCGCCACUGAAAACACUGCUUCUUUACAGACUGACAACAUGUCCACCAUGUGUUGCACUACAUCUCGUAAGACGUCUUGCUCAUUAAAACGUGAACGUUGUCAAAUCUGUGAAGGACUGACACGCACAAUCUCGGGAUGCAUUUGUUGUCAGUUAUUACUAUGUUAUUACUGUGUUUUUAAUCUGUUGCACGUCCCGCACCAACAAUGUGAACCGGCACUUGGUGUCCAAUAACACUACUAUUAAAAGUAUGUACUGUAUAACACAAAUAAAGCAUCAUCAUCAUCACCGUC